AUGUUGGCUUCGGUGUGGUGUGUUCUAAACCGUCACCGCGUCUGCAUCUGUGAAGACCACAGCGUGACUCUCCUCGUCUGUGGAGUGUUUACCACAGAAACAGACACUCGCUCUGAGGUCAGCUGGCUCCGUUUGGGUGGUGUCUGGGUGGUGUCUGGGUGGUGUCUGGAUGGUGUCUGGGUGGUGUCUGGGUGGUGUCUGGGUGGUGUUUGGGUGGUGUUUGGAUGGUGUUUGGAUGGAGUUUGGAUGGUGUUUGGAUGGUGGGCCCUUUAA